AUGGAUAUGGAAUAUCGGAAUCUCUUAGCACCAAAUGGGUCACCCCUGAUUCCCCAAGGCGACUUCCGGACCCCGAGCCUGCCCCGACCUGUGGAGUUCAUGCAGAGAAGCCCCGAGUCAGGCGAAAUGGACAAGACUCCGCCUGUCACAGGCAAGCGCCGAGGCGGUAGUCGCAAGGCAUGUAACGAGUGUAAGCAGCAGAAGGUGAGCCGUAUUUCGCCCCGUUGA